AUGAAAGAGGAAAACGACUUCCUAUUCUCACUUAUAUCGCACUACUACGGCUUAAACCGUUUCGAAGAAGUAUCAGUGGAAGAGUGCAACAGAAAUAUCCGUAAAAUUAUUGACGAGCAUUAUCAUUCCAGUUGCGCUCAAAGGCUCCACAACUCAACACUGGAACUUAUAUCAAAUGCCACAUUUCUUAGGUAUCUCGACUCACCUGAAGGCAAUCGCAGUUUACUGCGCGUCAUUUUCGGCCUGCAAGAUCUGGAAGCGGACAUCGAAUUUGUUGCGCCGGCACAGCGAGAAAUUGACAGUUAUGUGGCCAAUGGUCUGCCAGUUUAUGCGUAUUCAUUCGAUUACUUCCCAAAAUCGCCGAUUUAUGAGGAAGAACGGAAAAUGUUUACUAUUUUUGGACAAGAAUCUGUUAAAGUCGUCCGAAAAGAGCUUCAGAUACCCCGGGAAGGCAGAUCGAGAGCAUUUCAUGGUCUCGACCACGCUUAUAUAUUUACGGAUGGCUAUAGUAGCAACCUGCAGGUGGAGCCAUUCACGAAGCGUGAUCGACAUAUGGCUAAGAUGCUUGCUGCUAUGAUUACCAAUUUUGUCAAAAAUGGGUUAGUUGUUAAAUUGUUUUGUUGGUAA